CGUGUGAAUCAUGACAGGGUACAAACUUGAGCCGACUGCGAGCUGGGGUAGGCUAGGUCGUUUCACGUCUCAGGCCCUCGGAGGAAGCCGAUAGAGAAAGGGGUGAAUUUGCUGUUAAAAAGGCAAAUCCAGGAGGCAAAUCCAGGAGGGUGGCAGGCGAACAUAACAAAUGAUUCUACUCGUUCACAAAGAGACAGGCGUGGUUAGAAACUCCGAUCAAGAAUAGGCCUAUAAGCGUUCUGAGCUUUGAUCAAUGCUGGGAAUAAUAUUUAGAUGUUGAUCCGUAAUUGAUUUCUUUAUUGUGUAUAAAAUAUAGAAAUAGGAUAUAUAUAUAUUUUUUUUUACAAAUUAGGAAAUAUUACCCAGGUCCGGAUCGGAUCUCGUCCUCAUAUGUAGUUACAGCUCUGUGUGCAGGUUAUGCUUUUAAUAUGACUGAAGGCUCUACUACCGACUGAAGCGAUGCGCUCGCCUUCAACCACCAAUUUCACGGCACUGUUUGUUUGCGCAUGGCCAGUCGCUCUGGAGGUCUUUCCGUCUCACUCGCAACCGGCAUCUUUGUACAAAAAAAAAUAUUAUCACUGGUGCGUCAACACCUGGGGUGUUCAGCAAAAUAAUUAAGGGCGGCAUAAUUUAACGACAUGAGCAGAUCCACUGAAUGUCGAUGGAGUCUGUGAAUGCCGUAGAGCUCCAUGAAUUGGGGGAUGGGGACAAGCGCGCUGCCUGCGAGGCCGCUACAACUCCGGGACAAGGACCUCGGACAGCGCCCAGAGCUGGAAUCGAGAACACGUCAUAUCAGGAAGAAGAGCACGAGAUGAGGUUCAGUGACCCAGCCAGCUCGAGUGUUCAUCGGUCCAUGUCUAAUGAUAGGGGCUACCAGACACAACCCCAGCCUUUCCAGCGAAAUGAGCUGUCACCCAGGUCUGAGGAGGGCCAUGUGACUGACUUCAAUGACCAUUCUGUCGACUAUGGGUUCAUAUCUGCCCUGGUGUUCUUGGUGGGUGGAAUAGUACUGGUAAUCAUUGCAUACACCAUCCCUCGAGAGGCUAAGGUCAACCCAGACCUGGUGUCAGCUCGUCAGAUGGAGAAACUGGAGAUGUACUACGCACAACUGGGCUCGCACCUCGACAAGUGUAUCAUAGCAGGCCUGGGACUGUUGACUCUAGGGGGGAUGCUCUUGUCCAUCUUGCUAAUGGUGUCCAUAUGCAAAGGUGAGCUGUACCGCCAGAGGACUUUUGUCCAACCCAGGAAGACGUACGGGUCGAUUCACCUGCGGAUGAGACAGUUGGGCGAGGGGGGAGAAUCUAUUGUUGAAUGUGAACCUAGUCACACUGGCACCACAGCUCCAGCCACAAGUACAAAUGGAACAGAGAUGUCCAGUGGGACCCGACAGGAGUAGCACAAUCUGAGCACGUUUCUAUCCACAGACUGUGUGAAGGGUUGUAAUCAUUGCUUGAGGGGCUUUGUGAAAAGUGAAGAAAGCAAGGUAAGCUGAAUGUGGUUAAGACUAAGAGCACAUCUGGAACUACACAUCAUGUAUUGUUGGAUGUAGGAUCAAAUCAGAGACUGAGAUGGAUCUGAAAAGCACAAUGGGCAUCCUUGAGGAACUCAUUGUAUAGGCUAACUUGACAUGCUGUAAACAGAUGGCUAUCAGCAUCUUUUCAAGACUUGAAUAUAUGUCUGGAUAAUAUAUUUAUCACAUUGUUAAUGAACAAAACAUAUACAAUAUGUAUAGGCCUACAAAUGCUGUUGUUGUUAUUAUUAUCAUGUAAGGAUACAAUGCCUUAAAAAGUUGGUCACUGUAAAUUGUGUACACAUAUGCUAACAUACUAAGCUCAUGUGAGCCAAUAAGCCAAGUUAAAUAUGUAGCAACUCACUGGAGCGACUUAACCUGUUGGUUGUUAUUAUAACGUGGUCUUGGCAAGAAUAUACAGCAGCACAAACAAAAACAUCUAAGCAAGUGAAAUGUUAGAUAUGCAUCAGAGGCUUUGGGACAGGUUUUUGCUGAAU